UUUACUUAUACCAUCUCUUUUCCAUCACCAACUGAAACGUUUGCACCUUCCGGUGCUACACAGGUCAAUGUUCCAAAACCUGAAAUCCUACCCGAUGGAAAGCGUAUUGGAAAGAGUGAUAGUCAUGUGAACCUUCAAGACUUCCAGAAAUGGGCAUCAAAAAGACUUCAGAGGAAACGAGUUCCGACAGYUAAACGMAAAGGGACGAAAAUUCCUACCGAUGUCCCGCCUCCUCUUGGAAAGCGUGGCCGAAUGGGCGAUCGUCAUGUAAUCCCACAAUAUCUCAAGAAAUGGGUAUCAAAAAGACUUCAGAGGAAACGAGUUCCGACAGCUAAACGCAAAGGGACGAAAAUUCCUACUGAUGUCCCGCCUCCUCUUGGAAAGCGUGGCCGAAUGGGGUUGUUUAACCUUCAGAUAAGCUAAAGCAAGACAAGAUUACAGGCUAUUAAUUACAAAAGCUGUUAAUUAUCAAUAAAGAAAAAGAAAAGUUUUCUGA